AUGCGCCAACUCACAGAAAAGGAGACACAAACGCUCUUCGGCAAGCUUGCCAAUUACACCGGCAGCUCGCUCAAGAACCUCAUCAUGCCCCUCGGCGACGGCCCCGAUGCCGACCGUUUCGUCUUCCGCCUUCACAAGGACCGAGUCUACUACGUCCGCCUCUCCAUUGCGAACAUUGCAACUUCGAUAGCGCGGGACAAGUUUAUUUCCAUGGGAGUUUGUCUAGGAAAAUUCACCAAGACCGGAAAGUUUAGACUUCACAUCACAGCCCUCCCUGUCCUCGCAGAACAUGCCCGCUACAAGAUUUGGGUCAAGCCCAACGGCGAAAUGCCGUUCCUGUAUGGCGGCAACGUUGUCAAGGCCCAUGUCGGCCGCUGGUCCGACGAUUGCCCAGAGCACCAGGGCGUCGUCGUCUACAACAUGAACGACGUACCCCUUGGCUUUGGCGUCACCUCCAAGAGCACCUCUGAGGCAAGGCGGCUCGACCCUACUGGUAUCGUGUGUUUUAGGCAAGCGGAUUGCGGCGAGUACCUGCGAGACGAAGCGAACUUGUUUGCUACCGGUUAG